AUGGCCACUCUUGCUCCCGGAACCCUGCUGGGCAACGGCCGUUACAGGGUCGUCAAGGAGGUCAACAGGGGCGGCACAGCUGUUGUAUACGAGUGUGAGACCCUGCCUAGCGGCGAGCAUGUCGCCCUCAAGGUCAUGACCGUGAAGGAUGGGCGUGCCACCAUGCCGAUCAAGGGCGUCAAGCGCGAGAUCGAGUACACGGCGUCCGUGCAGCACGAGAACGUGGUCAAGCUGCUGGACUUUUUUGCCGAGGCGGAGCACGUGGUGAUCGUGUGGGAGCUGAUUCGCGGCCCCGACCUGCUGGACCUGCUGAAUGAGUGCGGUGGGCGGCUGAGCGAGGCCGACGCGGCCUUCUACUUUGGCCAGCUCCUGCGCGGCGUGACUUUCAUCCACGAGCGCGGCCUCUGCCACCGCGACCUGAAGCCGGAGAACGUGAUGAUCGACCGCGCGGCGCGCGCCGUCAAGAUCAUCGACUUUGGCCUGUCCAAGCACCAGGCAUCGGCGGUGACGCUGGGCGUGGGCACGCCGGACUACAUGGCGCCGGAGCUGCUGGGCAACGGCAGCGUGCAGACGCUGUACGAGCGGCGGACGGGGCGGUAUGACGCCCGUGCCUCCGACAUCUGGGCCCUGGGCGUCCUGCUCUACCUCUUGGUCACGGGGCAGUACCCAUUCGAGGACCCGCUCCACCCCCAGAACGUGGUGGCCACGCUGCAGAACAUCAUGCGCGGGCGCAUGCGCCCGCUGCCGCGCCGCCUGAGCCCCGCCUGCGCCAGCCUCAUCCACGCCAUGCUCACCAUCUCCCCGGAGCGACGCAUCUCGCUCCAGGACAUCUCCCGCCACCCCUGGCUGGCCAGCGGCGGGCCGCCGGCCCAGGCGACGGCCGCGCCCCUGCCGGCACCGGCGGCACCGCAGGUCUUUGCCAUCAAGUCCGCCGCGCAGUCCAGCACCAGCGAGAGCGCAGAGGGCGGCUUCCGCCUGGCCGCCGGCUUCGAUCGCCCGGGCGACAAGCCUAACGUCACACCCCGCCGCGUCAGCUUCGCCUUCACCGCGUCGGCGGGGCCGGUGCCCCAGAGACACACCCCGGCCAUGUGCCCCCCGCCGGGGUCCGGCCGCCCGCUGCCCAGCGCCAUGGUGCAGGCGCCGGGGGUGAUGGCGCCGCCGCACCGGCCCUCGGAGGCGGAGGCCGCACAGCACGCGAAGCGGGCGUCGGCGGGACCGGUGGCCCCCAAGAGGACGGGAAUGGGGGGCUUCUGCAGGCUCUGGUUUGGCUCCCGCGCCGAGGACGACUGA